AUGAUAAUGACUGUCCCAGCUUACUCCAAGACUCUUCAGGUUGCCGUCAUCGGAUCAUCCACUGUUGGACAAGUGCUCGCCAGAGCCUUUGCCACUGAGGGCUUUGCCACUAUGAUUGGAACACGUGAUGUGUCCAAGCCAGACUUUGUCAAGUACAUCCAAGAGAACCCAAGCAUCAAGACCGGCUCAUUCGCCGACUGCUCCAAGUUUGGCCAGGUCAUCGUGCUCGCCGUCGGCGGUCAAUACGCCGUCGAGGCCAUCCAGCUCGCCGGAGGCAACGCCGCCCUCGAGGGACGCAUCAUCAUCGACGCCACCAACCCAAUCAAGGGUGUGGAGGCCGGCAAGGUCAUGUACUUCACCCAGCAGAACGAGUCGCUCAUGGAGAUCCUCCAGCGUGAGGCCCCAUCUGCCCACUUUGUCAAGUCGUUCAACAGCAUUGGCAACAACGUCAUGUACCGUCCCAAGUACGAGAACGGCCAGCGUGGUUCCAUGUUCAUCUGUGGCAACAACGACGCCGCCAAGGCCACCGUGUCCACCAUCCUCUCUGAGAACUUUGGCCAUGAUGCCGUCGACUGUGGUACCGUCGCUGCUGCCAGCGGUAUCGAAGCCCUCUGCCCACUCUGGGUUGGUCUUGCCAUCAAGCAAGGUUACUUCAACUGGGGUUUCAGACAGAUCUGUGUUCCAAAA